AUGGAUAAGCUUCCGCUAGAGAUCCUCCUCCAUAUCCUCGAAUUUACCGUCGUAGCCCUCUAUGGCAACAAGAACAAUCUUCUUAGGCUGCGCGCCACUUGCAAGCUAUUUAAUGAAGUACUGAAGCCAUUUGCUUUCCGGACGCUUCAAUUGGAGUUCACGCGCCUCGAUCGAACCGAAAGAAGACUAAAACCGCCCGACUACAAUGCAUUGCGCCGGAUAGGACCUCUCUGCCAGGCACUGUACCUGGAUAUGAUGGUUGUAAGAGACGACAGUGAAGUAGGGUUCUUAGGCAGUAUGUUUGCCCAGAUCCCCGCGAUGGAUUCUUUCGUGUCUCGUCUACGGAAUACCUACUGCAUGAAUGACUACUCCUUCACCGAGAUCGACUACCGCCACCAACUAGGUCGUCUUCUUGAACAAGCCCCGAACGUCACAGCAGUAAAGUUAAACCUACCCUUCCAAUUGGUGUCCCCGGGACCGUAUAGCGCAACGACUAUGAUCCUAGGAAAUACCUUCGAAGCGUUGGCGCAGCGCCCAGAAGAAUCCGAAACUCUCAGGACAUUAGUAUUAGAGAACCUAACCGAUAGGUCUAUAGCGAGUCUCUGGCGAAACCCUCAGGACGUGAAGAACAUAAUCGGCGCGUUCAGGGACCUCCGACAUCUAUUUUUGUCGGUCCGGCGAAAUGAGGAGGAACGAGAUCGCACUAUCAACUUCCGCAAUCGCUUAUGGGAGAUGAUUGGGAAGGCAGAGAAGCUCGAAAGUCUAUGUCUGGCCGACCUAGACGUAAACGAAAAGCACUAUUGGGACAUCAAGACUUCGUCGCAGCGGGACUCGACGCUCGAGGAGUGGCAGUUCAAGUCCAUACCCACGAUCCACAAGCCGCCUAAAUCAGUCUUGCCUAAUCUCACCCACCUAGAAUUAUGGCAGGUCGAAGUGAUGGGAUGUGGUCUUUUGUCUGUACUUCAGUGCUUUGGCGACUCUCUAAAGGAGCUCUUCCUGGACGGCGUGUACCUCAAGACCGUAUAUAGUGCCGAGUCCCCUCAGGACGUAAACAGCACGCUCUGGAUCGGCUUGCCUAAUGUACGACCGCCGCCUAACCACCGGUGGGUAGCAACGUACCUGCGCCAAAUCCAAGCCCAACUUCGCGUCUGCCGCGUCGCCAACCUAGGAUACGACCAAUACGUCAUGAGCGAGAAUCCCUUUAACAGCGUAGAAUACGACACCGUGGAUCCCUGCGGACUGGGGCGUUGCAUAGAGGAGCGAUUUGUAGAAGUAGCAACGGGAGUAAAGCAACCAGCCGCUCCCGACGGGUCUCCGGUGGCCUACUUCCCGGAAGAAGGGUCGCAGGAGCCCUGGGCUCUAGCUAACCGGGAACGGCCCGCCGGUGGGCUUCGCAUCGAGGACUGGAACGUAAAGCACUACAUGGCAACGCGAUACAGUCCGACCUCAAGUUGGCAGCGGUCCAUCGACGGCUUGUUUCCCAACUGCAACCAGUUCACACUGAACGCACUUAACAGCUUUGCUGACAGCGCCUGCACUGGCAUGACGCUGCUGAAGCAGCUGCAAGAUCACGAGAACGAAUCGUCUACACCCAUAUAA